CGAACCUGGCGGCGGGCGCGGCGACGCGCGCGGGGAUCGGAUACCUCAUGAUGCCGGUCACGGUGCUUAAGGUGCGCUACGAGAGCAGCUUGUACGCGUACACGUCGCUGGUCUCCGCCGGAAGGGAUAUCUUCCGUGUCGAGGGCGUGCGCGGCUUCUUUAGUGGGUGGGGCGCCACUGCUGUGCGCGAUGCGCCGUAUGCGGGACUGUACGUGCUGUUCUAUGAGCAGGCGAAGAAGUCGCUGUCGCGGCUGCAGAUGCGGAGGGUGGGCGGCGGGGCGAUGGACGAUAACACGGCGAUGGUGAUCAAUUCUGUCAGUGGGGCGGGUGCGGCGGCGGCGGCUACGGCGGUCACGAAUCCGUUCGAUGCGCUCAAGACGAGGAUACAGGUCGAUCCCGAUAAGUACCGCAACAUGCUUACGGCGGCAAAGCUGGUGUGGAACGAGGAGGGUCCCGGGGGCAGGCGGUGGAAGGGGCGAGCACUAUUUGAUGGGCUGGGAUUGAGGGUGGCCAGGAAGGCGAUCAGCUCGGCGUUGGCGUGGGGUUUGUACGAGAGGAUGGUGAGGUAGACGGGAUGGCGUUAUUGUUUUUGUCACGAGAGGGGGUACCCGGUUAGAACCAUGUUACUUUUGUCGGAUGCUGUAUGAUACGUUGGUCGGCUUGUUUGCUGGCGGUUUGGUCGGACUGGUUGGUUUGGACUGGUGAUGCCGAUUUGAUGAAUCCGUAGACUAUUUCUACACCACCACCACAUAGCACUGCUACUAGGUACCGCUACCAAUACCGCACUACAUCCGCGCAUGACAUGAGAGCGGUGUAGAUGCGGUAAGAAACUACACAUUAUUCAAGUCGCGACCGUACCAGAGCAGCACAAU